AUGAAAGCAGUAAUGUGGCGAAACCUGAUGGACAUCGGAAUGCGUAUGCAUGCAAUGGCCAAACCCACUGCACCCUCUCCAAGUCGUACCAUCUCCAUUCCCUCAACUCUCUCCACCCGUCCUGGGGAGAUCGACCUCCACUUUUACCUCCCCAAAACCUACGACACAUCUGACGGUCGGAGAUACCCUUUUAUUCUCAAUUUUCACGGAGGAGGAUUCACGAUAGGACACGCAACAGACGAUGCACGAUGGGCUAGAGCAGUUGUCGAGUACGCAGACGCGGUUGUUGUUUCUGUGGAGUAUAGGCUAGCACCUGAACAUCCUUUUCCGACUGCUAUCGAAGACGGUGUAGAUGCAGCACUAUACUGUAUCGACCACGCUGACGAACUCCGCAUUGACUCUCACCGUGUGGCCUUUUCAGGAUUUUCAGCGGGAGGUAACAUGUCGUUCAGUGUACCGAUUCGGUUGGCUGAGGAGUAUAGGUUACGUCGGGAAUCAUCUCAAUCCAUUUCUUAUCGUGAAGGCACUGUAGUCGCUAUCGCUGCAUGGUACCCAUCUCUCGAUUAUACCAAAACACGUGAAGAACGUCGAAAGACCAACGUCCGUCAAGACAAAGACCUCCCUAAAUUCUUCACCAACCUCUUUGACGCCAGUUACCUCCCAAACAAUCGCGGUGUUGACCUUUCAUCACCCUGGCUUUCCCCUGGAAUCGCUCCCGAUCCGAUGAUCAAACAACUCCCCGAGAACAUUAUCCUUUACACGUGCGAAUGGGACGAGCUUCAAGCUGAGGGAGAGAAGUUCUAUCGAAGGCUUGUGGAUGUUUUUGAUAAGAAAGUGGUUUACAAGACGAUUACGGGCGUAUGUCAUGCCUUUGACAAAACUCCUAAUCCGUUCCAUUGGGAUCAGAAAAUCGAAAAGAUGUAUCGGGACGCGUGUAGAGAGUUGAGGACAGUUUUUUAUGGGUAUCCCGGGGAUGACGUGAUAGGAGAGCCAGUAUCGGCGGAGGAGGAUGAGGUUGGGAAGUAUGGCGAGGUGGAUACGAGGAUUGAAGUUGUAGAGUUGUCGAAGGAUGCAGAGUCUGGGGUACGAAGGUAG